AUGGCCUUUACUGUAAUUGAAACUUUAGGAAUGAUAAAUAAACAUUGUACAGAACUGGAAAAACUAAUUGCAGACGUCCCAAAUACGCAUAAGGGAAUAAAAGAAGUGGUGGCGAGACUCAGCAGGCAAAAGGAAGUGCUGAACCAGCAGUCAAUAAAGAAAUGGUUGGAAGACAAUAGCUACGAACAAAUUGAAAAACUUUCCUUUGAUGUGGAUGUACAAACAGAAAAGAGGAAAACUGCUGAAGUAGAAACCCAAACACCAUGGAACCUUAUAGAAUGUGACUCUAUAAGUACCAUAGAGGGAAUAGACAAUCUUGAAAAGUGGAACACGGUUCAGGACAAAACAUGGGACGCUAAGAUAUUCAAAAACACCGAUAUUGUAGUGGAAAAUCCUCUAAACACAAAUGAAGAGGAGCUAGCUAAGAAAUUGAAAAAAAAAAAAAACUCGAACAUCUUUAACAGAAUAUCAGUAAAAACAUGGUUGGAUAAAAAUAGGAUGGAAUCAGUGCCAAAGGCACCAUACGACGUCGACGUCCAAACUGACUGGAAGGAACACGCAACAAAGAUGAGUACGCAGACGGACCCACAAGCAUAUAAAGCAGAAGUAGAAACACGUGAAAUAGGGAUACAGGUGGAGAUAAACGAAGAGUUUCUAAAUGAAUUAAAGGCUAUGGAGGAGGCUAGGACGGUACAGGAAAUAAGAGAGGAAAUCACAAAACCAUACGAAGAGAAAUUGUUCCAGACCCUAGCAGAGCAAGCCUUCCAAAAUACAAGGGUCAUCAGCGGGAACCCCCUAGGAUCGGGGGGAGACCUCGCCAUCUAUACGGAGGACCACAAAAUGGAAAAGGGUUUACCCAGAAAAUUCAGACAGAUUUCCCGAACUCGGGGAGUUAUCAGGAACAAGUGA